GUACCGCGGGCCGGGGGAAGGGUCGGGGAGGUCGGGAGCGCGCCCGAGAUCCCGGAGCAGCGGCGGCGUCUGUGGUUUCGGGAGCGAGCGGGCCCGGGAGCGGCGCGGGUGGUGGAGGAGGAGCCGGGUACUCGAUUCUCUAACCAUGGCACAGGUAGAGAAACGGGGGGGUUUGCUCCGGAAAUCUUCAGCCUCCAAAAAACCUCUGAAGGAAAAAGUGGUGCUGAUGUAUGAUGAAAUCUUCAUGACAGAGGACCCCAGUAAGUGCAGUCCUCGGUUUUGGGAGGAGCUUUUCCUUAUGAAGGUGAAUUUAGAGUACCUAGAAGGCAAGCUGGAAUCUCUCGAUGGUGAAGAGUUGAUGAAGAUCAAGGACAAUAUUAAUUGUUUAUUUCAACACUGCAUUCAGGCUCUGGGAGAGGAGCAUCCAAUUCGUGUUGUCAAUGCAUUGCAGACCUUGUGUGCACUCAUUCGAGGAGUCCAUCAAAAGAAUAAGUCUACCUCUGGGUUCGACAUUAUCAACAUGCUGAUGGGGUUUGACAAGGCGGAGCUGUGCAUGAAGAACUUGAUGGAGAGUUUGGAUUCAUUGCUUUGUGCAGAAGGUUCUGAAAGUCUGAAGAGUUUAUGUCUGAAACUUCUCCUUUGCUUAGUGACUGUGACAGAUAACAUCAGCCAGAACACUAUCCUGGAGUAUGUAAUGAUCAACAGUAUAUUUGAAGCAAUUUUACAGAUACUCUCUCACCCCCCAAGUCGUAGGGAGCAUGGGUAUGAUGCUGUUGUCCUCCUGGCUUUGCUGGUGAACUACAGAAAAUAUGAGUCUGUGAAUCCUUAUAUUGUGAAACUAUCUAUUGUGGAUGAUGAGGCUACGCUCAAUGGAAUGGGGCUUGUAAUUGCUCAGGCUUUAUCUGAGUACAACAGGCAGUAUAAAGACAAGGAAGAAGAACACCAGAGUGGUUUUUUCUCUGCUUUAACAAAUAUGGUGGGCAGCAUGUUCAUAGCAGAUGCUCAUGAGAAAAUCUCAGUACAAACCAAUGAGGCCAUUCUUCUGGCACUUUAUGAGGCUGUUCAUUUAAAUCGCAACUUCAUCACAGUAUUAGCUCAGAGUCAUCCAGAAAUAGGCUUGGUGACAACGCCUGUCAGUCCUGCUCCAACAACCCCAGUCACCCCACUUGGAACCACACCACCCUCCUCUGAUGUUAUAAGUUCUGUGGAACUCCCACUGGAUGCAGAUGUACAGACCAGUAAUCUGCUGAUAACCUUCUUAAAGUAUAGCUCAAUUGUCAUGCAGGACACCAAAGAUGAACACAGGCUUCACAGUGGCAAACUCUGUCUGAUUAUCCUUACAUGUAUUGCAGAGGAUCAGUAUGCCAAUGCAUUUUUGCAUGAUGACAACAUGAAUUUUCGAGUAAACUUACACAGAAUGCCUAUGAGACACAGGAAGAAAGCAGCAGACAAGAACCUUCCCUGCCGUCCUUUAGUAUGUGCAGUACUGGACCUGAUGGUAGAGUUUAUUGUAACACACAUGAUGAAGGAGUUUCCUAUGGAUCUCUAUGUACGCUGCAUUCAGGUAGUACAUAAACUGCUUUGCUACCAGAAGAAAUGUCGAGUACGCCUGCAUUACACCUGGCGGGAGCUCUGGUCAGCCUUAAUAAAUUUGCUGAAGUUCCUGAUGUCAAAUGAGACUGUACUUUUGGCCAAACACAACAUUUUUACAUUAGCCCUUAUGAUUGUGAACCUAUUUAAUAUGUUUAUUACGUAUGGUGACACAUUCCUGCCAACCCCCAGCAGCUAUGAUGAACUAUACUAUGAGAUUAUCCGUAUGCACCAGAGCUUUGACAACCUCUACUCUAUGGUCCUGAGGCUUUCAACCAAUGCAGGCCAGUGGAAGGAAGCAGCUAGCAAGGUGACCCACGCAUUGGUUAAUAUCAGAGCCAUCAUCAACCAUUUUAACCCCAAAAUUGAGUCCUACGCUGCUGUGAAUCACAUAUCCCAACUGUCAGAGGAGCAGGUGCUGGAGGUGGUGCGAGCCAACUAUGACACGCUCACGCUGAAGUUGCAGGAUGGCCUGGACCAGUAUGAGCGCUACUCGGAGCAGCACAAGGAAGCCGCCUUCUUCAAAGAGUUGGUUCGAUCCAUUAGCACCAACGUUCGGAGAAACCUGGCCUUCCACACACUCAGCCAGGAAGUCCUGCUGAAGGAGUUCUCCACUAUCUCCUGAAGCCACACGUACCUGAGCAGCCACUGACUGCCCUUACUCAUGAGGCUCCUGGGCUGGAGGGGGAGCGAGGGGAGAAGGGCUGCCCCCAAGGUUGGAGAGAAACACAAAUAACUGAGUUCUCUUGGUGAAGGCCACACUUCAGUGGAGCUUGGACAACAGGGGCUAAGAGGGGCAAGCCAGUGAUAAUCUUAUUUGGGGAAGAAUGGGUGGGCACAGGGAGAGGCCUCCAAGAAUGUGGGGACUUCCAGGGUGGGCUCCUGGACACCUGCUCACAUUUCCAAUUGAGAUUACAGGUUGUAGCACUGACUAAUUUUCAGGAGCUGGUGGGGCAGGCCUCAGGAAGCUGCCAACACCCUGAAAGUCGAUGGCUUUUCUUGGCUUCUGAAAACAGAUCAACUCUCAGACAUAGUUGGAUCCACAUUCUGCUUCCUUUGAGCCUGGGGCUGAGCUGGGGUUGAAAUCUGUGUCCCCUGCCACCACUGGCACUCUGUCUAGACAUUAGGGCCCUUAGCUUAGGCUUAGGGUAGAGUAGGAAUGGAGUACCUUUUUUCUAAAUCCAGAGUUGACUCCUCUGGGAAACUAGAGAUUAGAGCCUGCCCAGUGCUCUGCUGUCUAGCCACCACUUUUUGGAUUGUAGUUUUGGCAGCAGGAGUACCUGACAGCUUUCCCCCCUGCCUUCUACCCAUUGACUCAUCAGCACAAUAAGGUCACAGCUUCAGCUUUUCAUUUUUAAUCUGGUUUAAACUGUCUUUAGGGUGUGUGUGAAAUAAACAUUGACAGGUUUUCUGGAGCCCUCAAGGUACCUACUUUGCUGGUUCCCUUUCCAGCAGCUUCCCCACCUCCCUAGCCACCCCCUUCUCUGGGAGCCUCUCCUGCCUCUGCUGAGCUCCCCUCCACGUGUUCCACCCCCUCACCCUGCUGUUGUUUACAUCCAGCCUGCCUGAGAAUUUCCUCUGGGGAGGAAUCUGUUCCUGCUGUGGUGUGGUACCGGGAGGGAGAGAACCUGCUGGGGGCAGGGUGCCCUCCAUCUGAAAGAGACCAAGCGAGCAUUAUGCACAAGGCCUCCAUUCUGUCUACCCAUAUCCUGGCUGGGACUGCAGGCAAAUCUCCUGACCUUUGGGAAGCUGGCCUGUGGUUCCUACUUUGGAUAGCUUCCGUGGGACCACUGUAGGCUUUCCCUACCCCAUAGCUGCCUCUGAAAUACUUGCUGCUCCCAGAUUCUCCCUUUCUAAAGCACUUUCUAAAGCCCUCAGGAUGGCAGGGAGCAAGCAGCAGAAGAAGAAUCUGGGAGUAAGUGUAGGAAUCCAGCAGUGAAAGCAGGUCCGGGACCUCCCUAGCUGCUAUCCAUUUAGCUUCACAUCUCUUUGGGAUACUUGCCCUCCCUGAAAUGAGUUCAACACUGACCAGACAUGCACUAGUUCCAGAGAAUCCACCAACAGGCUGCCAUGUAUGCAUGUAGGUUCUUAAGAGAUCAUGGGUUGGGCCAUCUCUGAUCACUAGAUAUGGACAGCUCAGCCUGGGGCAGUUAGUGUUUUCCACAGUGAUAAACCCCAGAGUAGCUGGAUGUGGAGCUGGUGGCAAGUUGAAGUUAUUAAAAAUCAAUUUGUGUGAGACAGUC